ACAUCCUUGACGCUACUAGUCGUUUGACAUCCAUUAAACUACCAGCCGUUUACCUCUCCCGUUACAAACUCAGCAGUUGCGAUCACAAGCAAUAGGUUUCUAAUUGGAACCCAAAAAAUUAUUUCAAUUUUAAUCGCCUGUCACAGUUCAAAGGGUUCAAUUGGGUGUUUAAUUGUUAAUAAAAAUGUCGUAUUUGAUGAACGAGCAAUCAAGUGAUCAACAACAAAAUGUGAAUUCGUGUUUUGAUGAUGAGAGCAGUUCAAAACAUGAGGAUGAUGAAGAAGAUGAAGAUGAAGAUGUUGAUUUUAAUCCUUUUCUAAAGGGAACACCUUCACCAGAAGCUUCUUCUAGCUUGAGCUCUGAAGUCGAAGAAUUGGAUGGUAAUUCUUCAAAAACUAUUACUGCUGAGGUGCAAAAUUAUGAUGUUGGUGAUUCUGAGCAUGGUGAAAUGGUUGUGAUGCAAAACGCUCAUGCAUUUUGUGCUGAGAGUGAAAAGCAAUCUCAAGUUCUUAAGAAAUCUAAGAAGAGGAAAUCUGAUUCUGUUUCUCAAUCGGGAAAUGAAAGCAUUCGAGAGAAUGUCGAUGAGAAUGAUUGCUUGGAUGACGAGGAUGCUAUUUGGAAGCGGACUAGGGCAAGAUAUUCUCUUGCUAGUUUUACGCUCGAUGAACUUGAGACUUUUCUUCAGGAAACUGAUGACGAGGAUGACCUUCAGAACGUUGAUGAUGAAGAAGAGUAUAGGAAGUUUCUUGCUGCUGUUUUACAAGGUGGAGAUGGGGAUGGGCAAUCUACUCGAGAUAAUGAAACUGUUGAUGAUGAGGAUGAGGAUAAUGAUGCUGAUUUUGAGAUUGAACUUGAAGAGUUGCUUGAGAGUGAUAUUGAUGAUAGUAAAAGGGAUGUGGAUCGAAAAGUGGAGUAUGACACAGGUGGUCGACGGCCAGAGACUAGGCAGAAUAAACGCCAAAAAGCCUCUGCUCAAUAUAAAAAGAAGCUUUUAGAACAGACAAAGAGGCCAUUGCGUCCUCUUUUACCAAUUUUGCCUAAUGGACCAAUUGCUUCUGUUCCUAUUGCUGAUGGAAGAGCUUUGACACAUGAGACUGCCCCAAGCUAUAUAUUUUCCACAGCAGAACAUGGGUUAAUAAAUGGAUUCACUCCACAGCAAAUAGGCCAGUUGCAUUGUUUGAUAUAUGAACAUGUGCAACUUCUUAUUCAAGUGUUUUCCCUUUGCGUUCUUGAUCCUUCUCGGCAACAGAUUGCUUCACAGGUUCAGGGAUUGAUUUCUGAGAUGCUUCAUAAACGCGAUGAAGUAAUAACCUCCAGAAGUGUGCCAUAUCCUGGUAUCUGCUUUCACCCUUUGUAUAUGUGCCCAUCAGUGAUGGAUGAAUUCCCCAACUUAAGCCCACAACAGUGCAUUGAAUCAUCCUCUGCUCCAAACAUGCAGAUUUUGAUUACUCAGGACAUUCCUACAACUACAGGAAGAAACAAUAAUGAUUCCAGUGGGAGGAUUAAUGCCUCCCAAACUGCUGGCUCAUUUUGGGUACCUUUUAUGAGCGGUCCUUUAAUAUCCAUUCUUGAUGUAGCUCCACUUAAUCUGGUCGAGAGAUAUAUGGAUGAUGUUUUUAAUGCUGUCCGGGAGUAUCGGCAGCGGCAUCUGGAUUCUAGUUGUGAUGCAUGGAAUGAGAGGGAACCACUCUUUCAGCUUCCCCGUUUCCCAUCAGUAGCUGAGGCAAAUGGUGAAGUCUCAAAAGGCAACACGCCUCCUGCUGUCAGUUCAGUGCCAUCUACACCUGGUCAACAACCGCCUAAGAAAACAUUGGCUGCUUCUAUUGUUGAAAAUGUGAAGAAGCAGUCAGUUGCUUUAGUUCCAAAAGAUAUUAGCAAGUUAGCACAGAGGUUUCUUCAACUAUUUAAUCCAGCAUUAUUUCCUCAUAAGCCACCCCCUGCAGCUGUUUCAAAUAGAAUCCUUUUCACUGAUUCAGAGGAUGAAUUAUUAGCUUUGGGGAUGAUGGAAUAUAAUACAGAUUGGAAAGCAAUUCAACAGCGUUUUCUUCCAUGCAAAUCUAAGCAUCAGAUUUUUGUUAGGCAGAAAAAUCGUUGCUCCUCAAAAGCGCCAGAAAAUCCCAUCAAGGCAGUUCGAAGGAUGAAAACCUCUCCACUGACUGCAGAGGAGAUAGAAUCCAUUCAGGAGGGACUCAGGGUUUUGAAACAUGAUUGGAUGUCGGUCUGUAGAUUCAUUGUCCCACAUAGGGAUCCAUCAUUACUACCUCGACAGUGGCGAAUUGCCCUUGGAACUCAGAGGUCAUACAAGUUAGAUGCUGCUAAAAAGGAAAAACGACGUAUAUAUGAAUCAAAUAGAAGAAGAUGUAAAACUGCAGAUUUGGCAAACUGGCAACAGGUAUCUGACAAGGAGGACAAUCAGGUUGACAGUACCGGUGGAGAAAACAAUAGUGGAGAUGAUUAUGUAGAUAACCCGAAUGAAGCUUAUGUUCAUCAGGCAUUCUUAGCAGAUUGGAGACCUGACGCCUCAAACCUCAUUUCAUCUGAACAUCCCUGCUUAAACCUUAGGGAUAAAAAUUUUCUUACCGGUGCACUUCCAAGAGAGGGUACUCGCAUAAAGAACCAAUCUCACAUUGAUAAUAUGCAUGGGUUUCCAUAUGCCCGCUAUUCUGUGCAUUUGAACCAUCAAGUUUCUGAUACAUCACAGGGUGCUGCUAAAUCUCAAUUUUAUUUGUGGCCAUACUGGACUCGUAGAACUGAUGGUGCACACUUGGUGAAGUUAGCACCAGACUUGCCCCCUGUAAAUCUUCCACCGACUGUUCGUGUAAUUUCUCAGACAGCUUUCAAAAGCAACCAGUGUGCAGUGCCUAUAAAGGUACCUGCCCUGGGAGGUACUAGUGGAGAUGCUAGGAAAGAAAAUAUAGUUCCGCAGCCUGCAGUUGUUGCAAAUUUGAGAAGCACCAGUUUGGCAAUGACUAAAAGGGAUAAAAGGAAUCAGGUGGGAGAUAAGAUCACAACUUCAUGUCCAGAAGAGUUUACAAGUUCACAUCCAGAAGAGUCUGCAAUUCUCCAUGAUACCUGUGCUGCUGAAGAGAGAGGCACUGAGUCAGAUCUUCAGAUGCACCCCUUAUUGUUCCAGUCUCCUGAAGAUGGACGUCUAUCGUAUUAUCCAUUGAGCUGCAGCACUGGCGCUUCCAGUUCUUUUACUUUCUUUUCAGCAAAUCAGCCUCAAUUGAAUCUUAGUCUUUUUCAUAGUUCACGCCCAGCAAACCAUACUGUUGAUUGUUUCAAUAAAUCUUCGAAGACAGGGGAAUCCACUUCAGCAUCUUGUGGUAUCGACUUCCAUCCCCUUUUGCAAAGAGCAGAAGAAGAAAAUAUUGACUUUGCUACUUCAUGCUCCAUUGCACACCAAUAUGUUUGUUUGGGAGGAAAAUCUGCUCAACCUCAGAAUCCUUUAGGAGCAGUUCAGACAAAAUCACCAGUCAAUAGUGGCCCAUCAACCACUGGCUCUAAACCCCCUUCUUCUAUUGAGAAAGCUAAUGAACUGGAUUUGGAAAUCCAUCUAAGUUCUAUGUCCGCGGUGGAGAAAACUAGGGGAAGUAGAGAUGUUGGUGCAAGCAAUCAAUUAGAGCCAUCAACUAGUGCACCAAAUUCUGGAAAUACAAUUGACAAGGACAAGAGUAAGAGUUCAUGCCAUCAAUGUUGCGAAAAUCGCCCCGCAGUUUCGAGCAACCUUGUUUCAGGUGCUGAUGCAAUAGCUGUCCAAAGCAAUAAUGAUGCUAGAUGCGACAUGGAGGAUAAAGGAGACCAGGCUCCCCCAGAGAUUGUGAUGGAACAGGAAGAACUAAGCGACUCAGAUGAAGAAACUGAAGAACAUGUAGAGUUUGAGUGUGAGGAGAUGGCUGAUUCUGAUGGGGAGGAGGUUUUGGGCUGUGAACCAAUUGCUGAAGUGCAAGAUAAGGAGUUUCCAAGUAUUGCAAUGGAAGAAGUUACAACUGAUGCAGAUUAUGGUAAUAAGCAAUGUGAAUGGAGUAGUCCUGUUCAUCCUACAGGCAAUACUUCUACCCCUAGGAAGGGUAGUACUUUCUUAAAGUUAAAUCUAAAAAGCCUAGGGAGGGACGCUACUAAUAGCUCUUGGUUAACUUUAGAUUCAUGUGCAUCUGUUGAUCCUCCGAGCAGGAAGGCUAAGCAUGAAGAGUGUAUACUUGGUGUUUGUCCUGUCGUCAAAAAUUUAGCUUCAGGUCGUUCAAACAGAUCCUGCAAGAAGUUAACAAGCACAAAAAGUGGUGCAACAGAGAAAGAUGUUGUGGACAUGGCACAACAACUCAGCCUUGGUCUUCUUGCUGUUUCCACAUUGAAGAAACCCAGGAAGCGUGCCAGUCGAACAAAUACAGGCUUGAGCACAGGAAGGAUAAAUGAAACUUCCAGUUAUGAUCAAGACAAGAUUGGUUGAUUGCAGCUUUAGUAAUCAGAAGAAUUAGUUAAAUAGUUGGAGGAAUUAGUUAUAAUUAUUUUUCUGGGAUGUCAUCAAUCCAAUUAGCAAAUGAGUAUGUGGAGACAAAGUGCAAGUACUGAAGCGGUAGAGAGAUUUGGCUGUCACGAGGCUGUCUUCUCUUUCUCACUAACACAUUGCAGUGGGGCUUAUAUGGUGUAUGCCAACCGGAGAUUGUAGGAGGGGAUUCUUUUUUUCUUUUUCCCCUCUCUCUUUCUCACCGUCUCCAUUUAAUGUGAAUAUGUUAUUACUGCUAUAUAAUUAUGUAUAGAUUACCGUUUUUGUUUGUAGAUUCUAUUCCCAAUUUGGGAGGAAUGGUUGUUUAAUGUGAAAUAUACUUUUUUGAAAUGUAAUGCAGUUUAGCCAGAGGGCAACCCCUUUGCUUCA